AUGUCACAUCGUCAAGCCACACAAGGUGUGAUAGACACACAAAAAAAGAUAGAUGAAAAUAAAAGAAAUCAGAAAGAUGGGGAUUCCAAAGAGCUGUUGCCCAUUACCCAGGUUAAUGUAGGAUUCAGUUUUAAUGGAAUAAAAAAGCUAGGUUUGAAGACAGAGGAGAUCCCAACCGGCAGAGAUGGCGUGUUUUCGAAAGGCCAAAAAGUUGACGCUGUGGAAAACUUGGGAGACCCGGUAGACCAAGCCACGAAAAAAUUGAAAACCUGGUCUAACGAAUUUUUAGAUGAAGUCAAUUCGAUCGAUUUCGUUGUGUUGAUUACUGCUCCGGACUUGAAACUACUAAAUCAAAAACUCGACCAAGUUCGACACGCCUUCGGUGGGCACUUGUCCAACUCUUUCGUUCGUCAAGGUAGCGUCAGGCCCGGUGAACAGCUUGGUCAUGAACAUUUUGGAUUCUUGGACUCGAUUUCCACGCCGAAGAUUGAAGGUUUCAAUGCUCAACCAGAAGACGAAAAGGCGGGAAUAAUUCAACCAGGGGUAAUUCUACUUGGCCAACCCUCUUCCGGUGGAAAUAGCGUUGGCCUGGAUCCCAAUCAAGCAUGGCUCAAGGAUGGGUCGUUUAUGGCUUUCAGAGAGCUCCAACAACUCGUACCCGAAUUUCAAGCUUUUUGCGAUGAUUCUGCCAAAAAGAAUGAAGAAUUAAAUGCAUCCGGUGAUUUCAUUGGUGCCAGAAUCGUUGGUAGAUGGAAAUCAGGGGCACCACUUAGCUUGGCUCCCAACGAGGAUAAUCCGGAGUUACGUGUAGCACAAAAUUUCGACUAUUCGGAUGAAUUGAAACAAGAACGUUGUCCCUAUGCUGCUCACAUCAGAAAAUCCAACCCGCGGAAUGGUUCUCAAGCUGGAGCGGACUCGCAGAAAACAAUCUUACCUCACCUCGUGAUCAGAAAUGGGAUUCCAUACGGUCCCGAGCUCACAGGGGAAGAGACCGAUUCGAAGAAAACAAAAGAAAAUCGUGGUUUAUUAUUCGUUGCUUACCAAAGUGAAAUUGCGGACGGAUUCCAGUUGGUCCAGAAGAUAUGGUGUAAUAACCCUCGUUUUCCAGCGCGACCGGCCGCUAACGUAUCAUCUGGAUUGGACUUGUUGAUCGGUCAAAUCAGCGAUGGAUCGCCGCGAACUGCUCAAAACAUUAUCCCAGUGGUUCCCGGAGGUAAUACCAACCCCAACAACACAUUGACCGCGUUACAACCUUUUGUUGUGCCUCUUGGUGGAGAAUAUUUCUUGAUGCCAUCUAUCAAAGCCAUAGAUGAAAAACUUGGUCUUUGAGUGAAGGAACAGUGAAAUAUCCGCAAUUUUGUAAGGACCCCAAAUUAUUGGGAAAAAUCUUUUGA